AUGCCUGAUAGCUCUGCGUUCGUUACCAUUAACGCUAUGAUCCUGGACCCCACCUGGAAUGGCUUUAUGAAAGGCAUCGGAAGCGCAAAACAGGAUGAAAGAUUGCCCACGGAGAGGUUGUACUCCGACUUCGUGAUACCAUCGCCGACAGUCAACCUAAACGACGUUAGCUGGAAGGCCAUGGAAACAGAGGAAUUCGACAAAUUUGUGACAGUGAACCUCUAA